AUGUGGUACUCCUCCAAAUCCGUCCCAUCGUCUGGUAACAAUAUCUUAAGUAAACAGCGCGUUAAACGUCGUUUCGCCGCCAUGUUGCGUGCUUGCUUGCUCGUCUGUUCGCUCGUGUCCGGAACCGAGCUCUCAUUUCAAUAUCAGCCCUAUCGUCGAAGCAAUGAGCCUUGUAAGAUAUGCUAUGGGGAAGACUGCCUGCAGAUGAACCAGGCAAGGUGCGAGUACUACGUGGAAACAGAUGAGAUACUGCAUGAAGAAAAGAUCGAGGAAGUUGAUAAUCAUGAGAUGAGGGAGGAAGUAGAUCGAUUGAUGUACCGGUUUAUGGAGAAAGCAUCUGAUGCCAACACUGAAUGUAUACCACUAGUAUCUCAAUAUACGGAUUGCACUAAAGAAAACAUAUGUGUCGGUUGCAAGACUUGCAGCUGUGACCUUAGCGGCAGCUGGAACUGCACCACGGUGAGCCGGUGCCGAGCUGACGUCGUCACCGACAUCGACCAUCGCAUGCUAGUCUUCAUCAUUGAGAAUCUUAUGAACGCUCAAACUAACAAGAGGACAAAACGGAACACAGAGGAAAAUCUAAACAAACUGACCACGAAUAAAAUAAGUUUUGCACAAAUUUCACAAUGGAUGUUUGGAGUACCACCUUUAAACUCAAAAGAAACAACACAAAACAGUGCUAUCUCAUCGGCUACUGAAAAUAUAAAUAAUAUUACUUCAUUUACAGAAACCACCACACGAACCAAAACAAGCCCAGAAACUAGUGCUAGAGUAGACUAUCUAGAUUUUGAAGAAGUGCUAAACAACAUCGCAGUUGAUAGCAAAACUUACUCUCGUAGAAAACCUCUAGAUAAACACAAUGAUUCUACAACAUUUGAUUACAUGAUAUUUGAUGAAGAUAAUGCAACAGACAUUACUACUAACACACCUGGGAAUGAAGAAUGGGAGAACAAUUAUGCUCCGCCUAAACCAGCUGAAGAAACAGACAUAGUUAUUGAUUUACUAGAAUCAGCUAAAAGAAUCAAGAAAUUUUACAACUAA